AUGGAAGGGCCAUGCUCACGUAGCGAGGCGUUCGGCGCGCUCAGGGCGCUGCACGAGGCGCGCGUCGCGCAGUGCGCGCGCUCUCAGGCGCUGGCGCUCGAUGCGCGCGCGCUGCGCUGUCGUGAGACCGUCGUCUGCCUUGGAGCCGGCCUCCUCGGCGCCGCUCUCGGGGCCCGCUCGGAACGUCGAGAUUCCAUUUUCCGUUGUCGCCAUCGCACUAGUAUUAACAACCAAAAAACUUCAAUAUUUUUAAAGUUUAUUUAA